UCUCACCUCCAUCUCUCUCUACUCUUACUAAAGUCCCCUCCACUUCCUCCUCUCUCUCUCUCUCUUCCGUUGUUAUUAUUUUCUCUCUCUAGAAAUCAGUGUGUGUGAGAGAAAGAGAGAAAUAGAGAGAGAGAGAGAGUCACCAAUGGAGUCCACCAUGUCCCCAAGGUACCAAGACAACAACCACAAAGCACCAUUUACAACCGCCGCAAGCAGCAGCAGCUGCAGCAGCAAUGGGCUACUACUGUCACCUCAGGCUCAAAAGCCCAUCACGAGAUCCGAACCCGCAAACCCGUACCCGACAACAUUCGUUCAGGCAGACACGUCUUCCUUCAAGCAGGUGGUCCAAAUGCUGACGGGCUCAUCAGAGACAGCCAAGCAGGCUUCGAAGCCCGCAAGCCCACACCACCACAACCACAGCAUCCCGCCCAUAAAGCCCAACGCUAACAAGAAGCAACAGCAGCAGUCAGGCUUCAAGCUCUACGAGCGAAGGAACUCCCUAAAGAACCUCAACAUCAACCCUUUGAUGCCCGUUUUCUCACAAAUCGGGUCGGGUUUCUCGCCCCGAAAACCCGAAAUCCUUUCCCCUAGCAUCCUUGAUUUUCCCGCUCUUGUCCUCAGCCCCGUGACCCCACUUAUACCCGACCCGUUCGACCGAUCCGCGUUUGGAUUCGGAGGCUGAAGACAAAGCCAUAAAGGAGAAAGGGUUCUUCCUGCACCCUUCACCUGCUUCCACUCCUCGGGAUUCUGAACCUCGCUUGCUCCCUCUCUUCCCAACAACUUCUCCUAGAGCUUCUCCUUCAGGUUCUUCUUCUGCUUCUGCUUCUGCU